AAUGAGUGCUUGAAUUGGUUUGUGUUGUGUUUGCAAUACAUUUAGUAUUGAGUGAACGGUUGAGUGCAUUGAAGACAAUACACUAUAAGUCACAUCCAAUCGCAUCCCAUCUGAAGAUAUGGUCGAUUCCGACAAAUUGAAUAUCGACUCAAUUAUCCAAAGACUUCUCGAGGUUCGCGGAUCGCGUCCGGGAAAGAAUGUCCAGUUGUCCGAAGCGGAGAUCAAAAGUCUUUGCGUCAAAUCACGGGAAAUAUUUCUGAGUCAACCCAUUCUUCUGGAGUUGGAGGCGCCCCUCAAGAUAUGCGGUGACAUUCACGGCCAGUACUACGAUCUGUUGCGGCUCUUCGAGUACGGAGGGUUUCCGCCCGAAAGCAAUUACCUAUUCCUCGGAGAUUACGUCGAUCGCGGCAAACAGUCCUUAGAAACCAUAUGUCUAUUACUCGCCUACAAAAUCAAAUAUCCGGAGAACUUCUUCCUCUUGCGGGGCAAUCAUGAGUGCGCUUCCAUUAACCGCAUCUACGGUUUCUACGAUGAAUGCAAAAGACGUUAUAAUAUAAAAUUGUGGAAAACGUUCACCGAUUGUUUCAAUUGUCUUCCUGUGGCGGCCAUUGUUGAUGAGAAGAUCUUCUGUUGUCACGGAGGCCUGAGUCCUGAUCUCCACUCUAUGGAACAAAUUCGCCGCAUUAUGCGGCCGACGGAUGUGCCCGACCAGGGAUUGCUGUGCGACCUGUUGUGGUCGGAUCCGGACAAAGAUGUGAUGGGUUGGGGCGAGAAUGACAGAGGGGUGUCGUAUACGUUCGGCGCCGAUGUGGUCGGAAAGUUCCUCCAUAAACACGACUUGGACCUCAUCUGCAGAGCUCAUCAGGUUGUCGAAGACGGGUAUGAAUUCUUUGCAAAGAGACAAUUGGUUACACUGUUCUCUGCGCCCAACUAUUGCGGCGAAUUCGAUAACGCGGGAGCAAUGAUGUCAGUGGACGAGACUCUUAUGUGCUCUUUCCAGAUUCUUAAACCGGCGGAUAAGAAGAAGUUCCCGUACGGAGCGAUGAAUGCAAGCCGACCGCUGACUCCGCCGAGAGGUCAGGUGACCAAAAAGAAUAGCAAGAAAUGAGUGGUGCUCUACAAUAGCCACCCGAACCCGACAAACAUUAGGUGUCGAUAUUUAUAAUGCAAUUCACUUUGUUUUUUGUAGAGUUGUGUUCAAACCAAUGAAUUCCUUAUUAUUGUAAUUAAAUUUAAUGAAAGAACAAAUGUUUUUAGUUUAAGUAAUAUUUCUCGUAAUCAAAUUGUAAGCCAAACAAAACCAAAACACAAACAAAACUCUCGUUUUUUUAAUAACGAGUUUUACUUCAAAACAUUUCUCUCAACUAUUGGUAAACAUCUCUGUUAUUCAUGCCAUCAGUUUAUAUGAUCUCUUGAUAUAUAACGUAAAUGAAUAUUUUGAUCGCACAUUAAAUAGUAUCGCAUAUUAUUAUCAUUGAUAAUAAAUUCUACAUACAUGUAUGUUUACAGAGAAUGGAC